AUGGAAGAUGGUCACUCCCUUUUCGAUUACAGUGUUGGACUGAACGAUAUUGUUCAACUCUUGGUCAGACAAAGCCCAGCAGUGCUUCCUGCUGUUAGUAAGGAAAAGGAUUCUGAACUCUCCGACACAGACUCUGGCUGUGGCUCAGGCCAAAGCGAAUCUGACAAAAGCUCUCACAAUGGAGAAGGUGCCAUGGAACUGGAGGGACAGCCGAGCACGGCGGCGCAAUCCGACUGGACUGACCCGGGAUUUGGUCUCUAUAAGAUCAAUGACUUGGUUGAUGCUCGAGAUAUGAAUAUGGGAGCAUGGUUUGAAGCCCAAGUUGUAAAUGUAACCAGAAGAAAACCUACAAAUGAAUCAGCUGACAUUUGCACAGAUCCUGAGCAGCCAACAACCAUUCCUGAAGAAGAUGUAAUAUACCACGUGAAAUACGAAGAUUACCCAGAGAAUGGAGUCGUAGAAUUGAGUUCGAAUGAUGUACGGGCUCGUGCACGGACUAUUUUGAAGUGGCACCAGCUAGAAGUAGGACAGGUGGUGAUGGUCAACUAUAAUCCCGAUGAACCAAAAGAGAGAGGUUUUUGGUACGAUGCGGAGAUUCUGCAAAAAAGGGAAACGAAAAUGAUCAGGGAGAUAAAUGCAAAGAUAUUACUUGGGGAUGCUGGUGAUUCCUUGAAUGACUGCAGAAUUACAUUAGUGGAUGAAAUUUAUAAAAUUGAAGAACCAGGCAGUGCUUGUCCAAUUAGCGCCGGUCUGUUAAAACGACAAAAUGGACCUGUGUGUAAAGCUUGUAAGGACAACCCAAACAAGACCUGCAGAAUUUGUGCUUGCCAUAUCUGUGGAGGUAAACAAGAUCCGGAUAAACAGCUUAUGUGUGAUGAGUGUGAUAUGGCUUUCCACAUCUACUGCCUCAACCCUCCCCUUAGUAGUAUACCAGAUGAUGAGGAUUGGUAUUGCCCUGAAUGUCGAAAUGAUGCAAGUGAGGUGGUUUUAGCAGGAGAGAAAUUAAAAGAAAGUAAAAAGAAACAAAAGAUGGCAUCUGCUAAUUCAUCCUCGCGGAGAGACUGGGGCAAGGGUAUGGCAUGUGUUGGUCGCACAAAGGAAUGUACCAUUGUCCCCUCGAACCACUAUGGACCAAUUCCUGGGAUUCCAGUUGGCACCAUGUGGAAGUUCAGAGUUCAGGUGAGCGAAUCCGGUGUUCACAGACCCCACGUAGCAGGCAUACAUGGCAGAAGUAAUGAUGGCGCCUACUCCUUGGUUCUGGCAGGAGGCUAUGAAGAUGACAUAGAUCAUGGAAAUUCCUUCACAUAUACAGGGAGCGGAGGGCGUGAUCUUUCUGGAAACAAACGCACAGCGGAGCAGUCUUGUGAUCAAAAACUCACCAAUAUGAACAGAGCUCUGGCUCUGAACUGCAGUGCUCCCAUCAAUGACAAAAAUGGAGCUGAAGCCAAGGACUGGAGAGCUGGGAAGCCGGUCCGAGUAGUGAGGAAUGUAAAAGGAGGCAAACAUAGCAAAUACGCUCCUGUAGAAGGGAACAGAUAUGAUGGAAUAUAUAAGGUUGUGAAAUACUGGCCUGAGACAGGGAAAUCUGGGUUUUUAGUGUGGCGUUACUUACUUAGGAGGGAUGAUGAAGAACCUGCUCCUUGGACUAAAGAAGGAAAGGACAGGAUGAAAAAGCUUGGCCUAACAAUGCAGUAUCCUGAAGGGUAUUUGGAAGCUGUUGCAAACAAAGAUAAGGAAAAAGAAAAUAAUGGAGAUGAGGAGUUUGAUACCCCGGGAAAAGGAAAAAGGAAAAGGAAAUCAGCAGGUUUUUCAUUGUGUUUUCUUUCAGGUGGGGAGGAGAAACUCAUUACCUCCCCUACAGGGACUCCAAAGAAAACUAAAGUUGAGCCAUACAAGCUGACAUCUCAGCAAAAAUCUCUUAUAAAAAGUGAUGAAGCCAAUGAAAAACUGUGGAAUGAAGUACUAGAAGCUCUCAAAGAUGGACCGAAAUUUCUAAAUAAAGUUGAAGAGGCCUUCUUGUGUAUCUGCUGUCAGGAGGUUGUGUUUCGGCCAGUCACAACUGUAUGCCAACACAACGUGUGCAAGGAUUGUUUGGAUAGAUCCUUCAAAGCUGAUGUAUACAGUUGUCCAGCCUGCCGCUACGAUCUUGGCAAAAAUUAUACCAUGCAGGUGAAUGAAACACUGCAGACCAUUCUAACUCAGCUCUUUCCUGGAUAUGGCAAUGGACGGUGAUUCUGUAAAGCACUUCUAAUUUUCUUUUUUUCAAACUUAUGAAUGGAUUUUCAAUGGGCUUAAUUAAAAAAAAGUAGUCUGUGUUCUCCCAGACCC